AUUGAUCCAAAAAUUUUAAAAUAUUCUCUUUUUCCUUCUCUUUCUUAGGGCAAAAAUUCUCCGUCACUGCAAAAACUGACCCGCCAGACUCGUUCGAACUACCCUUUCGGAGCUCCAUUUCCUGCCAUCUGCCCCGACUUCCUUUUUUCCUUUCCGAUAAUUUUUAUAGAGGUUUUCUAUAAAAAAGAAAAAAAUAUUAAAGAAAGCAACAGAAAUGGUGAAAUCUGUGGCAUCGGCGCAGCUUCAUCAAGAAGAGGAAGACGAUGAUGGGGAAACAGUGAAAGUAGAAGGGAAAGGAAGUGAACAAAAGGCGAACAGUAAUCGGUCUAAGCAUUCUGAGACUGAGCAGCGUAGAAGAAGCAAGAUUAAUGAAAGGUUCCAGACUCUGAGAGAUAUUAUACCUCAAAAUGAUCAAAAGAGGGACAAAGCUUCUUUUCUAUUAGAGGUCAUAGAGUACAUUCAGUUUUUACAGGAAAAGUUGCAAAUAUAUGAGGGAUCGUACCAAGGGUGGAGCCAGGAGGCAACAAAACUGAUUCCAUGGAGAAAUCAUCGUGGGCUUGCAGAGAGUUUUAUUGACCAUUCUCAAAUUAUGAAUAAUGGAUCUAAUUGUGAGAAUGAUGGUGUCAUUCCGUCAAUGGUUGCAAAUGCACAGAACUCAAUUGAUUCUGACUUGGGUGAUGCUGCAGUUUUUAAAACACCGGAUCAUCCCCCUGUGUCUGCUACUUCCACGGUUAGCAUGCAGACUCAAUCGAACACAAUUGCUACUCAUGGAAGAGGUAGCAUUACUUUUCAUGAGUCUGCUUCUGAUUCUGAGAACAUGGUACAUCAACCCCAAUUUCAGUCAUGGCAAAGCAGAGACUGUCUGUCUGAGAGUGCUGUUGUGAACAAUUCAGCAAUUGCACGGGAGGACUUGACUAUCAGAGAUGAAUCAGUAGACCUGUCAAGUGCUUACUCUCAAGGGAUACGGAAUUCUUUGACCCAGGUGCUACAGUCUUCAGGAGUGGAUAUAUCACAGGCGAGCAUCUCUGUGAAAAUUGAUGUUGGUAAACGAGUAGCUGCUGGAAUGACUUCUACGCCAUCCAGUUCUAAGGAGAAAGAUAUCCAAUAUACAAGCAAUCAAGAGAUGGCACAAACUGGAGUUCGCAGCUACACAGAGGAGUCUGAUCAGGCUUAUAAGAGGCACAGGACUGGAAAAAGCUAGUGUAUGAUUCUUGGUCUAUUUUUCUUUCAAAUUUUCUUCAUUCUGUUCCUUUUUCGUUCGAUUAGGGUGCUCAUUUUUGCAAUGCCAUGGUCAUGUUUUCAAGUCUUAAGAGCAAAUGUAAAUGUUUAAGCAGCUUGGUUUGCUUGGUAGAAUUGAUUCGCCUAGGGUUAUAAUUGUUAUAUAUUUUACUUGCACUUGUUUGAGACAUAGGCUUCCAUGCAUAAAUGAGAAGCUGCUUUGUUACUGUUACUAUUAUUCUAUCAUAGUAUCUCCCAUCCCAUGUUAAAGAUUUUGACAACA